UAACUGACUAAGUUCGGCACUGUUGAUAAUGUCUACGGCUGGACACUUUAUUCGAUGCCUAGCGGCUGUGGCAUGGGAAGCUGGAAAGCCACUGGUGAUGGAGGAAGUCGAAGUUGCUCCACCGCAGAAACAUGAAGUUCGUAUCAAGGUUCACUUCACUUCUCUAUGUCACACCGAUGUUUGCUUCUGGGAAGCAAAGGGACAAACACCGUUGUUUCCACGUAUCUUAGGCCAUGAAGCUGGAGGGGUUGUGGAGAGUGUUGGAGAAGGAGUGACUGAUCUUCAACCAGGAGAUCACGUUUUACCCAUCUUCACCGGCGAAUGUGGCAACUGCCGUCACUGCCACUCUGAGGAAUCCAACAUGUGUGAUCUCCUCAGGAUCAACACCGAGCGAGGCGGCAUGAUUCACGACGGUGAAUCAAGAUUCUCCACCAACGGCAAACCCAUUCACCACUUCCUUGGAACCUCCACGUUUAGUGAGUACACGGUGGUUCACUCCGGUCAGGUCGCUAAGAUCAACCCGGAUGCUCCUCUUGAUAAAGUCUGCAUCGUUAGCUGUGGUUUAUCCACUGGGCUGGGAGCAACUUUGAAUGUGGCUAAACUCAAGAGAGGCCAGAGUGUUGCCAUUUUCGGUCUUGGUGCUGUUGGUUUAGCAGCUGCAGAAGGUGCUAGAAUAUCUGGUGCUGCUAGGAUCAUUGGUGUUGAUCUCAACCCCAGGAGAUUCGAGGACGCUAAGAAAUUCGGUGUGACGGAGUUUGUGAACCCUAGAGAGCAUGACAAGCCUGUUCAGCAAGUCAUCAUUGAGAUGACAGAUGGGGGAGUGGACCGGAGUGUGGAGUGCACAGGAAGCGUUCAAGCCAUGAUUCAAGCAUUUGAAUGCGUUCACGAGGGAUGGGGUGUUGCGGUGCUGGUUGGGGUGCCAAGACAAGACGAUGCCUUCAGGACUCAUCCAAUGAAUUUUCUUAACGAGAGGACACUCAAGGGCUCUUUCUUUGGGAACUACAAACCUAAAACUGACAUUCCCGGGGUCGUUGAGAAGUACAUGAACAAGGAGCUGGAUCUUGAGAAGUUCAUCACUCACACGGUGCCCUUCUCGGAGAUCAACAAGGCCUUUGAUUACAUGUCGAAGGGAGAGUGUAUCCGUUGCAUCAUCGACAUGGGUGCUUGAAUGGCUUUCAAGUGCCAAUGAUGUCUACUUUGUGUGUUUUUAGUUUCCUUUCCUUUAUGCGCGCAUUCACAGCAAUAAUAGAAAUAUAUAGCUAUACUCUGUUUCUAAGUUGGGUGUUUCCGUGUCUUAUUUUAUACCCCUUACCGUUGUAACAGAUCAAUUCUGGCGAGGUGUUUUUAUACUAUAAACUAAAAAUAUGCGAGUUUUUCUUAUCUUC